UAUGAUUUUCCAGAAUUUCAUAGUUUAGGUAUGAAAUCUGGAAACUAUCGAUCUUUUGAAAUUCCAAUGGAUCUAAAAAACACAACAUCAAAUGAAAUGGUACUAUCUGAUAAUUUUGCCCAAUUUCUCUCAAUGACUAAUCAUUCUACAGUAAAACUUUGUGGACCUUUAGAUCAAGUAAUCCUUUGCAAUUUACAAAUCAACAAGGAGGACGAUUUAACUGCUAAAUUUGUCGAUGGCUGGUCUACUUUUUGUGAAGUGAACAAGAUUGUUGCCGAAAAUCUUCUUGAGUUUAAAAGUGAUGGAAUUAUGCAAACAAAUGUACUUAUUGUCAAUCAUAUCUAAUAUAAUAAUUAGGGAUCAA